AUGGCUUCAAGUACUAAAUUUGAGUUGACAUCGACCAGCCCUGAGGCCAGUUUUGCAGGAAAUUACCAAAAUGGGGAAAGGGGAUACUCUACUCCCACUUUGGAUAGGUCAACAAGUUUCAGAGACAGCACAGAGAUCAAGAAUUUUGCUUCUGGAAAGGCAAAUUCUAGAGGAAGUGUUUCGACUUCCGGAGAUGUGACUACAUUAUCUCAAUAUCUAAUGUUGGAGCCAAUUGUUAUUGGUGAUCAAAAGCAUGCGCGAUCUGGGGACUUAAGGAGGGUUCUUGGCGUUUCUAUUGGGAGCACUUCAGAAGACAACUCUUUUGGUGCUGUUCAUCUUAAGAAUUCAUCUCCUGGGGCGGUGGAGGAAUUGAAGCGAUUAAGAGCUAGUGUUGCUGAUAGUUGUGUUAAAGCAAGUGGCAGAGCAAAGAAGUUGGACGAUCAUUUGAUUAAGUUGAACAAAUAUGUUGAGGUGUCCUCUAAAAAGCAGCAGCAAAGGAGUGAGAUGCUAGCAAAUGAACGAAUUAGUGGUUCAAUCUUGAAGAUUGGAUCUCUGAUACAUCGAAAUACUACUGAAUUUGGAAGUCAAAAAUUUGAUGAGAGGCCUAAGAAUGGUGGAUUGAAUAAGCGCUUACGGACAUCAGUUGCUGAUAAUCGGGCAGAAUGUAGGGCCGGUGGAGCACCGCGGCAGCCUAUGUCAAUGUCAAGAGAAAGAGACAUGCUCAAAGAUAGCAAUGCAGAUUCUGAUACUGUUGAGGGAAAAAUAAGGAGAUUACCUGCUGGUGGAGAAGGCUGGGACAAGAAAAUGAAAAGGAAACGCUCAGUUGGUGCCGUCUUCUCUAGAUCUAUUGAUAAUGAUGGGGAACUAAAAAGAACAAUGAAUCAUAAGCUCCCUGGUGAAUCUAGCCUGCAAUCCGGUGAUUCCUCUCAUAGUAUCAGGUUAGGUGCUUCUGGCAGCAGCAGCAAAUUAGAUCCAGCUUCAUCUCCUGCCGGUUCAAGUGCCCGUACAACCCUCAAAGGUGAACAAGAAAAAUCCAUGCUUUCAAGGGAUCUCUCUCCAGGACCAAUGAAGGAGCGAACCUUAGGGAAACUAAAUGUUAGGAUGGGCAAUCGUGAGGGCAAUAGUGCCAUGUGUCCUAGUCCAAUAUUAAAAGGCAAGGCCUCAAGGGCACCACGGAGUGGUUCUAUGGUUUCAGCUAGUUCAGCUUCAAACGUAUCUCGUGUAUCUGGGACUUUGGAGAGCUGGGAACAACUGCAAGCAGUAAAUAAAACCUCGACCAUAGGUGGGGCUAACAAUCGAAAGCGUACAAUGCCCGCUGGAUCGUCAUCACCACCCAUCACUCAAUGGGUGGGUCAGAGGCUACAGAAGAUGUCACGAACCAGGAGAACGAAUCUGAUCCCUGUAUCAAACCAUGAUGAUGUCCAGAUGCAAUCUGAAGGAUGCUCACCUUCAGAUUUUAGCCCCCGGUUAAGUAGUUUUACCAAUGCCGCUCUUUCCAUCAAGGGUUCUGCCAGUGAAAACAUCAAUUUUAAAGCAAGAUCCGAAAAUGCCCCGUCUCCUGCAAGGUUGUCAGAAAGUGAAGAAUCAGGUGGUGGUGAAAUUAGAAUAAAGGAAAAAGCAUCAGGAAGUGGUGAUGGGGAGGAGAAGGAUGCAAAUACUACCCAGAAUGUUGGGCCAAUUGCAAUUCCCGUGAAAAAGAAUAAAAUUAUGGUCAAAGAAGAAAGUGGUGAUGGUGUGAGGAGACAAGGGCGCAGUGGGAGGAUGUCACCAUUUUCUAUGACUAGCACUUCACCGACGAGAGAGAAAAUGGAUAAUGAAGGGACAACUAAACCUCAAAGGAAUGCAAGGUCUUCUGAAAAGAAUGGAAGUAAGUCGGGUCGUCCUCUAAAGAAGCUUUCGGAUCGCAAAGGAUUUUCUCGUCUUGGUCACAUUGCCAAUGGUGGCUCCCCUGAUUGUAGUGGUGAAUCUGAGGACGACCGCGAGGAGCUCAUAACGGCUGCUAACCUUGCUUUCCAUGCUAGUCUUAAUGCUUGUUCGAGUGCAUUCUGGAAAACAGUAGAGCCCUUGUUUGCUUCCGUUGACCCUGAUGAAGAGUCAUUUUUAUCAAGACAGGCUGAUUACAGCCAUGAAAAUAUGGCAGCGCCUGAUUCUGUUUAUUUUGGCGGAUAUAGAAGCAUAAAAAAUGCAAUCCGCUCGGACAGCUCUUUGGAUACGAUGGGAUUUGUGGAUCAGCUCCGAGCUUCUCCAUUAUAUGGUUGCUCAGAAAGAGAGAGAAGAUAUGAUGUAGUUCCUCCGCUUUAUCAAAGAGUUCUCUCCGCUCUCAUUGUGGAAGAUGAAAUUGAAGAAUCUGAAGACACUGGUUUUGGGAGAACGAGAAGCUCAAUUCAUGACUCACGCUUCCUUAUUGGCGCUGACUGUAAACCUUUGGAUAAGAUAAGCCUCAGUGAGCCAAUGUUUGGUACUCAAACUCCGAAAACUAAUAACGCACACAUCGUUUUUUCAUGUAAUGGAAAUGCGAACUAUGAUAGAAGUCGCAACGCUCAAGAUCAUUAUGGUAAUGGUGAGGUGCUGCAAAGAGACGACGGAUAUGUGCACUCUGAGGUUGAAGUGCUGGUUAGACUCUCAAGGUGUGAUUACGUUCUACAAAGUCUGCAGGCGAAUAAUUGUGGCGUUUCUUCUUUUGAGUGCCAGUAUGAGCAGAUGUGUGUUGAAGAAAAGCUUGUACUUGAACUUCAGAGUGUUGGUCUGCACUUGGAAGCCGUGCCUGCUUUGAACGAUAACGAAGAUGAGGUGAUGAAUGAGGAAAUUGUUCAACUGGAGAAGAAACUUCAUGAACAGAUGAGAAAGAAGAAGUCUUGCUUGGAUACCAUAUACGAGGCUGUUCAAGAAGGCAAGAAUAUUGGUAGAAGGGAUCCUGAGCAGAUUGCCAUGGACAAACUUGUUGAGUUGGCAUACAAGAAACUUUUGGCAACUAAAAGAAGCUUUGCUUCUAAACAUGGGAUAGCUAAGGUGUCGAAACAAGUUGCUUUGGCAUUUGCAAAGAGGACACUUGCAAGAUGUCGAAAAUUCGAGACGGAUUCAAGAGCAAGCUGUUUUUCAGAUCCUGCUCUCCGGGAUAUAAUUUUUGCCACACCACCUCGUUUUGAUGACACAGAGAUGCUUACUUGUGCCGGUCGGAUAACUGCUAAUGAUGGCAGCUUGGUAGAUGCAUUUGAUGCUCGGGUUCACGAAUCGGAUCAGGCUUUCGCUAAAAACGGGCCAAUCUCAAAUAGAGCAAAGAGGAAGGAGCUAUUGCUUGAUGAUGACAACGAUUUAGUCGGGCUCGAAAUACCCAUGGAUGACCUGGCGGAACUCAACAUGUUCUGA